GCGCGCGUUUUUUUUUGCGUGAUUCAGCAUGUGUCGUUCGCAUCGCUUCAAGUCUGUAUUCGGCUUUACCUAGUGAGAUUUGCGGUCGUCUUCGCUCGUUUGCCAAAAAAGUAUUAAAUAUUUUAAACUCAAAUUCUGUAAAAGUUUAAUAAUGGCACCUUAUAAAAUUGUGUUAGUCCGACAUGGUGAAUCUGAAUGGAAUCAGAAAAACCUGUUCUGUGGCUGGUAUAAUGCGGAUCUGAGCGAAAAAGGCAGACAAGAAGCAGCCAACGCUGGAGUUGCUCUGAAAAAUGCUGGUUAUAAAUUUGAUGUCGCAUACACAUCUGUAUUAACCAGAGCACAAGAUACUCUUCAAGCUAUUCUCAAGGAAACUGGUCAAACUGACUUGCCUGUAAUAAAAACAUGGAGGCUAAAUGAAAGACAUUAUGGUGGUCUUACUGGCCUGAAUAAGGCAGAAACAGCAGCUAAAUAUGGAGAUGAGCAAGUGGCAAUUUGGCGUAGAAGUUUUGACAUUCCUCCACCACCAAUGGAAGCCAACCAUCCAUAUUAUGACGCCAUUGUCAAUGAUCCCAGAUACGCUGAAGGUCCUGUCGGCGAUGAAUUUCCUAAGUUUGAAAGCUUGAAGCUGACCAUUGAAAGAACACUGCCUUUCUGGAAUGACACGAUUGUACCACUAAUUAAAUCUGGAAAGAGAAUCCUGAUUGCUGCCCAUGGAAACAGCUUAAGAGGAAUUGUCAAGCAUUUAGAUGAAUUAUCUGACGAGCAAAUCAUGCAGCUGAAUUUGCCAACUGGAAUUCCAUUUGUGUACACUUUGGAUGAGAAUCUAAAACCUAUUAAGAGCUUGGAAUUUUUGGGAGAUCCUGAAACCGUAAAGAAAGCCAUGGAAGCUGUAGCUGCCCAGGGCAAAGCUAAGUAAUGUUCACAGCUGAUUACGUAAUUCUGAUAGGAUUAGCUUGUGGAGUCGUUUAAAUGCAUAACUUAUUUAAAUUCUAUUGAUAUAAGAAAUAAUGUGAAAUCCAAAACUCAAUUAUUAAAUUCAAUAAAAAAUAUUGAAUAUAUUUACAGCUUUCUGAUGUAGCACGCAAACACCCACUUCUAGGAAUUUUAAAAUUGCGAAAUAAACCAGCCAUAAACUGCUGCUUACAUGUAUUACCAAACAAGAUGCAGUUUAGUUUACGAUAUAUAAAACAGAACCACAUGGCUACAAAAAUGAUUGACACAGCACAAACUGCAUUCAGAAACACACUGAAUGGCUUCGAAUUAAGCAUUUUCAUCAAACACUAUUUGUGACAAAAUUGUCCCAUGAAGGCAACCUUCAUUGAAAAAAAUAAUGUUUACUAAUACAUUCUAGCAACUAGUUUUUGUACCAGUAACACCUGUACUUAUAACAAUAAAGGUGAAUGCUAAGUGAAA